AUGGCCACCAUACCGAUCAUCGUCCAGCACCAGGGCAAGAAGUACGACAUUGACCUCGAUACCAGCGGCGAUGCAGAAACUUUCAAGUUCCAGAUUUUUUCUCUUACCGGUGUCGAGCCAGACAACCAGAGCGUCCUCAUUCCACGAGGCAAGCUCAAGUCGGACACCAACCUAGCUGCACUCAACCUCAAACCCAAGCAACUCAUCCGGGUUCUUGGUAGUCCGUCUGGCGAAGCAAGUGCACUGGUCGCCCCGGCUGAGAAGCCCAAGUUCCUCGAAGACAUGACCGAAGCAGAAAUGGCACGCAUGGAAGGAGCGACGCCGGCUGGGCUCGUCAAUUUGGGCAACACCUGCUACCUCAACUCGACAAUUCAGAUCCUGCGUGCGAUGCCUGAGCUGCGAAGUGAGCUCGAAGAUUACAAGCCAGCCUCUGGUGGCUCAAGUGGUCCGAGUCUGCAGUCGCUUUCCCAGUACGGACUGGGAGGACUUCAGGGCGAUAUGACCUCUCGAUUGCGGGAUCUACUGAACAACCUCGCCGACACCCAGAAAGGAUUCGAGCCGAUCAUGUUCCUGAACGCCUUCCGCACAGCAUAUCCUCAAUUCGCUCAGAAAGACAAGACUGGCCGUGGCUACGCCCAGCAGGACGCGGAAGAGGCGUGGACACAGAUCCUUCAGCAGGUCAAGCAGACUACCAAAGGCAUGGGUGGCAAGGCCGGCUUCGUUGAUCGGUUUCUGACCGGUAGCAUUCACACAACCACAACACCUCCAGCAGAGGUGGGCGACAAUGAGCCAGCUGUAGAGGCUAACGAGACCUUUGACAAGCUGCGCUGCAGCAUCGAUCCAACAGUGAACCAUCUGUCAGAGGGGUUGGAAAAGGGACUGGUCGACGAGCUCGAGAAGCGAUCGGACACACUUGGCCGUGAUGCGAUUUACACCAAGAAGUCACAGCUGUCACGUCUGCCUGCAUAUCUCACCGUACAGUUUGUACGCUUCUUCUGGAAGAACGAUAUCAAGAAGAAGGCAAAGAUUCUCAAGAAGGUGACCUUUCCAGAAGAACUUGACGUUGUCGACAUGUGCACACCCGAGCUACGGAAGAAGUUGAUACCAGUCCGCGACCAAGUACGAAACUUCCGAAAGGACGAACAGGAUAUGGAGCGUGCCCGCAAGAGACAGAAAGUGCGUCACAAGCAGGAAGAAGAUCGCAAACAUGAUGCUGCUCUUGCAGCGGAAGCAGCUCCCAUUGCCAAGCUUCGAGAACAGAAGGAGAAAAAGGAAAACAAGGAUAAAGGCAAGGAGGAAGAGCGUGGCGGAGACCUCGAUGCGUACAAGACCGACGCCGAGUAUGAAGCCGAGAAGGAAGAAGCUCUGCGCAAAGCUCGAAAGGCACUUUAUGAAGCCAUCGAUCCAGAGCUGGCUGCUGAUGAGACCGCCAACAAGUCUGGUCUGUACGAACUCACCGGCGUCAUCACUCAUCAGGGAGCCAGUGCGGACAGCGGGCACUACACUGCGUACGUGAAGAAGGAGGGCAAGAUCGUGGACGACCCGAAAGCACCAGGUGGUAAGCGCACAGAGAGCGAUGGCAAAUGGUGGUGGUUCAACGAUGACAAGGUGUCCGAAGUACCUGGCGACAUUGUCCAGACACUGUCCGGUGGUGGCGAGAGCCACUCUGCUCUCAUCCUGCUAUACAAGGCAAUUCCCUUGCCGAGCAAAGAAGAUGUUGAGGCUUGA